AUGAAUAUCAUAACUGGUGCAAGUAAAAAUCACUUUUGUCCAUUAAAAAGCUUUAUUUAUCAUUUGAAUGAUACUUUAAAAGGUUUAAAUGUAAAAAAAAGAGUGUUUGUUUACGAUCUGGGAUUAACAAAGUAUCAACACGAUGAAAUUAAAAAGUUAAUGGAACUUGGAUAUUUUGAUGAAUUACGCGUUUUCAAUUUUUCAGCAUAUCCAUCAUUUUGGAACAUUAAUAUAGCGCGUGGUGAAUAUGCAUGGAAACCUGGUAUAGUCGCAGAAGUGGCUAAAGAAUAUCCGGGAAUUGUUGCUUGGUUAGAUUCUGGUACUUUACCCGAGAAAGCAUUUUUUGAAAAUUUGCCUUCUUUAUUAGUUGAGUAUGAUGGACUUAUUUCCCCUAAUUCACCCGGACUUAUGAGAACAUGGACGCAUCCGGGUGUUUAUGCUUAUUAUGGUGAUGACGAAACGAAAUAUUAUGACUUUCCGAGUUGUAAUGCUGCUUCCGUGGUCUUUGAUACUAAAAAGGUUCAACAUAUUAUUGAUGAUUGGUAUUCAUGCGCUCUGGUCAAAGAUUGUAUUGCACCUGUUGGAAGUAGUAGAACAAACCAUCGCCAAGAUCAAGCUAUAUUAACCUAUUUGGCCGCACGUGAAGGACGUUAUUGUUUUUUGGAACUAGAAGAAUUAUGGCUUCAUACUCAUCAGGAUAGAAACUGUCAACAAAUCAUCACCCAUUAUGAGAAAUUACAUAAAGUCAAGAAAAUAUCACAUAAAGUCAAAAAGAAAUCACAUAACGUCAAGAAGAAAUCACAUAAAGUCAAGAUUAAAACUCAUUAG